AUGACAGAAUUGAAGUUGACACACGUCUCACGUCGGAAUCCCCAAGAUCCACCUCGCUCCAAGCAGUGCAUUCCCGAAGACCCCGAGACGCUGACGAUGCUACCGACUGCCAUGAAGUCUGCGCUGCUGCGUACGUCGCGUCUAGGCGCACUAGCGACGCGCGCCUUCUCGUCGUCGAGCGAGCCGUUGGUGCUGGUGGAGAAGAAAGACAAGUACGCGGUCGUGCGCAUGAACCGGCCUCCCGUCAACUCGCUCAACACGGCGUUAAUCAAAGAGCUGGAUGCGACCAUCAAGAAGCUCGAAGACGACAAGAGCGUGCGCGGCUUCAUCCUGGCGUCUUCUAACCAGAAGGUCUUCUCCGCCGGCUUGGACAUCAUGGAGAUGUAUCAGCCACAGCCAGCGAAGAUCACUAAAUUCUGGACGUCGCUUCAGGAUUUGUACUUGCGUUUAUACACGACGCGUCUUGCUGCAGUCGCUGCCAUUGAGGGCCAUAGUCCCGCGGGAGGUUGCCUGCUGGCCAUGUGCUGCGACUAUCGCAUCAUGACUAGCGGCAAGCCCAUGAUCGGUCUCAACGAAACGCAGUUGGGUAUUGUGGCCCCCACGUGGUUCCGUGACACGUUUGUCAAUACUAUUGGCCACCGUGAGGCCGAGAAGAUGCUGGGACUCGGACUGCAGGUGGAUGCAACCAAGGCGAAGUCAAUCGGCUUGGUGGACGAGGCUGUGGCGCUGGAGGAGGUUUUCCCGCGUGCUGAGACUGCGAUGGGCAAGUGGCUCGCCAUUCCGGAUAUGGCGCGCGUGAAGACCAAGCAACUGAUGCGUCAGGAGACUGCGGACCGACUGAUUGCCAUCCGUGAGAAGGAUCUGGAAGCUUUUACUGACUUUGCACAGACCGACAAGGUGCAGAAGUCAUUGGGAAUGUAUCUCGCUUCUCUUAAGAAGAAGUAG